AGUGGUAGUUUAUAUUAUUUCCACUCUGAUUUCGAGCGGCGAGAAUAAAUCGUUUUUUCAAGUUUCUAUUGAAGAAAUUAAUCAAGCAACAAUGUUGAAGCUCGUAACAGUAGCAGCAUGUUAUUGCGAGUUUAUAGGGUGUUGUGCGAAAUGCUGGCGUUUGGGGAAAUGCGUUUUCCUAUUGUUAUUAACCGGGAAACUUAUUUAUUACAGAUUGUCCUUAGCAGGCUGCAUCCAGUCACAAUGCUACGGCUAGCCGUGUAGCAGGCGUCAGUUCACUUGAACGGAGUGGGGCUAGCAGACUGUUAGCUUCGUGUCGGCGCUAGCUAGCAACCGGGGCUGACAUUCCGUGACAAGGGGAAAGUGAAGAAAAUAACCAGAAUGAAAGAAAACACUAAGUUGGGGUAUAUCAGAGGAGUGGGAAUGACGGACACCCCGCCCAGUGAUGGCCCCUCCCAAGGCGCUGAGUUUGACAUGAUGGGUGCCCUGGACUGGAAGGAUGGCAUUGCCACUCUGCCAGGAAGUGACAUAAAGUUCCGCAUGACAGAGUUUGGGACUCUUGAGAUUGUCUCAGACCUGGAGGUCAAAGGACAAGGGGCAGAGCCAAACCGUGAGACCUUGGACCCAGCUCCGUCUCACACUCCUACCCCUCCGCCAGAGGGCCAAUCACAGUCUAGCAAAACAGCUGCUCCAGCCAAUCAGAGUCAGCCAGGAUCAUCCCAAGGUAAAGAAGAGAGUCCGAGUGUGGAGGCUUGUCCAAGUGUUGAAGUUGGCUCUAGUGCUGAUGUUGGCCCAAACGGGGAGCUGUCACGAUGCCAGGCCUGUGGUGGUGGUGUUCCACGGGAUGUCCUCUUUCAGGGAAAAUUCUGUAGUUCCAUAUGCGCACAGCCCUCCAGUGGCAGAUCAUCUCCAGGGGAAGCAAAGGAGAGUCAGGCAGCUGAAGGUGAAAGGCUUGGUAAACGUGUGCGUAAAAAGCGGAAGCUCUACAUGGAUUCUGGUGAUGAAGAGGAAGACAACCAAGAGGAGCCUGAGGAAAAGGCCAAGACUACAAAAGGUAGAAGAGGUCCAAAAGUAGGCAAACUAGGGACUGCCCCACCCAAUAAGAAGUGGGCAUGGAGCUGGCCUGCUUACCUGGAAGAGGAGAAGGCCAUUGCUAGUCCUGUUAAACUAUUUAAAGAGCACCAGUCAUUUCCUCAAAGCAGGAAUGGUUUUAAGGUGGGAAUGAAGCUGGAGGGUCUGGACCCGUGUCGCCCGUCCCUGUUCUGUGUGCUCUCGGUGGCAGAGAUCCAAGGUUAUAGGGUGAGGCUACAUUUUGAUGGUUACCUAGAAUGCUAUGACUUCUGGGCCAAUGCUGACUCAUGGGAUCUGAAACCAGCUGGAUGGUGUGAAAAGAAUGGACACAAGUUAUUGCUUCCUAAAGGCUGCAAGGAAGGAGAAUUCAACUGGAGCAUGUAUGUGAAGAACUGCAGGGGUCAACUAGCUCCGAAGCAUCUUUUCAAGAGCCUCAACACAUCUGUGACUCCUUCUGGAUUUAGAGCAGGGAUGAAGCUGGAAGCUGUUGACAGGAAGAACCCAUCCUUAAUUUGUGUAGCAACCAUUGCUGCAGUUGUUGAUAACCGUCUGCUCAUUCAUUUUGACAACUGGGAUGACACAUACGAUUACUGGUGUGAUGCCAGCAGCCCUUACAUCCAUCCUGUUGGAUAUUGUGAAGAGGCUGAGCUAACUCUGACCACUCCAGCUGGUAAGACACAGACCAAGACACACGUGGAAUAUAAACAUGCCAAGAGUUUCUCAUGGGAGAAAUACCUGGAAGAGACGGGCACGCAGGCGGCUCCAGCUCGGGCUUUCAAACCGCGUCCUCCACAUGGCUUUCAGAUUGGGAUGAAAUUAGAGGCCGUGGAUAAGAGGAACCCCAUGCUCAUCCGUGUUGCAACCAUAGUGGACACAGAGGACCACCGACUGAAGAUUCAUUUUGAUGGCUGGAGUUCAGAGUAUGACUACUGGGUGGAAACAGACAGCCCCGAUCUGCACCCAGUAGGUUGGUGUCAGAAAACAGGACACCCGCUACAACACCCUAACGGGUCCAGUGAGGUGCUGACUGCACCAGGACAAGGAUGUCCAACCACAGGAUGCAACGGUGUUGGUCACAUCAGAGGACCUCGCUAUGGGACGCACUACACGCAGGUGAGCUGUCCCUACUCUGAAAUGAAUCUGAACAAAGAGGGCUUGCUGCCAGACCGCCUCAAUGGAGAGCGACCUCCUACCCUCGGUGGAGCCCAUCCUCGUGGGCGACGCCCAGAGCCCAACGCAGGCACCACGACGCAAGCGUCUGCAGCAUCAGAGCAGACUGAGGGAGAGGACUCCCAGAACAGGAAACCAGCGACCGUGGAAGCGGAGCGUUCGGGGCGCAACAACCCGCCAGAGCCACAGAGUGGAGCCAGUGAGCAGAGCCACAAUGGAACAAGGCCUAAACGGACUGCCCCGGUUCCUAAAUAUCUGAAAGUGCACUAUGUUAAGGAGGAGAGUGGCGAUGGGAAAGCCUCUCCUGACGCCAUUUCCCUUCAACAAGCCCUCCAUGAGUCUGUGUUCUCCCCUGGCAUCUCUGCCUCCCCCCCACACCGGGUGGCUCUUUGCUGGGACAAACAUUGCCAGCUGCUGCCUGAGGUCCUGGGGCUGACUGCCAAGAGAGUGGCCACUUGGAGCUCCGAGGAGGUGGCCGGUUUUGUCAAAGGACUCCCUGGAUGUAAAGAACAUGCUGCUACGUUUAAAACAGAGCAAAUAGACGGCGAGGCCUUCCUGCUGCUGAACCAAGCAGACAUUGUCAAGAUCCUGUCAAUCAAAUUAGGGCCUGCCCUGAAGAUCUACAACUCCAUCCUGAUGUUGAAGAACGCGGAUGAAGAGUAAGACCUGACUCCUUCCUCACAGGUCCUUCAGCUGUGGUUCCCCCGAAACAGCUAAAGACUAAAUCGGCCCUGAGGUUCAAUCUGUUGAGCUGUGUGUCGGUGCAGCUGCAGAAGUGGAAGCCAUCAUCUCUGAAACCCCCCGUCUCCUCCCUCCUCUCUCCAUGAUGGACAGUACUGGUCAACCUGAGAGAGAGAGAGAGAGAGUUUAACGUUUCUUAAUUUAUAUUGUGUUUGUUUACUGAACCAUUACAAAAAAACUACAGACACUUUAAAGUCUUGUUGACAUUGUACAGUUUAUGAAUUGGAUUUAAAUGUCUGUAUUCUGUUUGCGUUUCCCUUUUUAUUUGAGCUGUAAUGAAACAGUGCUUUGAGCUCUGCGUGGAUGGAACAAGCGUGUUUGUGCUUCAUUGCUUUUUACACGGCUACAGAUUUUUAAAAACGGCAAAAUACAAUCGCGAGGCGUUGAGAGGUUUUUUUAAUGUGAAACCCUGUGAAGCAUAAGCACUAUGUAGUUCAGCCUCUGUCCUGUAGAUGGAGAAAGGAGGCCGUCUCACAGGCCCAAAGGCAAGAGAAGAGUUGGCUGGAAUGGGGGAGGGUUCUAAUGUGUGUGUGUGCGUGUGUGCGUCGGCAGAUGUGACUAAGUGUGUUUCAGAAAUGAGGAUGUAAUUUCCCACCAGCCUGUGUGUGUUGCUUUUCUGGUAGAAUGGUUGUUUAGUGACCAGCAGGGCUUAGGGCUAAUAGUUAAGUCAAGGCAACUCGCAGCUUAUUGAGAGAGAACACGACAACCAGCUCUGUUCUUUGUCUGGACUUUUGGGAACGGAACAUGAAUGUUAAAAGCAACUUCUGGUUGUUUUAUUAAUAGUGAUCAUCUUGUUAGGGUCAUUCACGUUGUAAAUACUAUACACAGCUAUGAAAGUCUGUCCCUGCUCCUUAUAAGAGUUUAUUCCCGCUUAGUUAUGCAAAGGUUUAACAUGUGUCUACAGGGAAGAACAAUGCCACAGUGAACUGAACCAAUGAGCCUCAAUCGAGUCAAACCAAACGUCGUCAGUGUCUUUGUAAAGCAGCAUAAACGUCAGCAAGUUGGAAUGUGUACAUCAGCAUCUGUUUAUAUGCAAACAACUUUUAUUUAUGAAUCCUAAUUUAAGGGGUAUCGCUGUGCUGUUUGGCUCAGAGGAAGCUGUGGCCGUACGAUGGAAUAUGUGACCAGGUGAAAAUAAAGGCGAUGCACACGG